AUGGCUGAAGGUGCAGAUGAAGAAGAGAUCCAGUUCCUGCGAACGGACGACCAUGUGGUGCUUCAGUGCACUGCGUCCAUCCUCAAAGAGCAGAUCAAGCUGUGUUUGUCUUGUGAAGGUUUUGGAAACCGGCUCUGUUUUCUUGAGACAACCUCUAAUGCACAGAAUGUGCCUCCAGACUUGGCAAUUUGCACUUUCAUUUUGGAGCAGUCCCUGUCGGUGCGAGCUUUACAGGAGAUGCUGUCCAAUACAUCUGUUGAUGAAGCUGUUGAUCUUGACAAAUGGUCUUCACAAGGGGGAGGACACAGGACCUUGCUCUAUGGACAUGCAAUCCUUCUCAAACAUGCCCAUUCUAGCAUGUACCUGAGUUGUUUGACCACGUCACGAUCACUGACAGACAAACUAGCCUUUGAUGUAGGCUUACAGGAAGACUCCACAGGGGAGGCCUGCUGGUGGACAAUACACCCUGCGUCUAAGCAGAGAUCAGAGGGUGAGAAGGUCCGAGUUGGAGACGAUCUUAUUCUCGUCAGUGUUUCCUCAGAGAGAUAUUUGCAUCUUUCAUAUGCAAGUGGUGACCUGAUGGUGGAUGCCUCAUUUAUGCAAACUUUGUGGACUAUGACCCCUGUGAUGUCGGGAUGUGAGCUUGCAGAAGGAUUUUUGACUGGAGGUUAUGUGCUCAGACUGUUUCAUGGUCACAUGGAUGAGUGUCUGGCCAUUCCUGGAGCAGAUCAAGGGGACGAUCAAAGAAGAGUUGCUCACUAUGAAGGUGGCGCUGUCUGCAGCCACGCCCGUUCCUUAUGGAGACUAGAGCCGCUGCGCAUAGCGUGGAGUGGCAGUCACAUUAAAUGGGGCAUGUCCUUUCGCAUUCGUCACAUAACCACUGGCCGAUACCUCUGUCUGGAUGAGGAGAAGGGGCUAUUAUUGGUUGACCCUGAGAAGGCAAAUUCCAAGAUGUCUGCUUUCUGCUUCAGAAUAUCAAAGGAAAAAAUUGAAGUGACCCAAAAGCGAGAUGUGGAAGGAAUGGGUAUACCUGAAAUAAAGUAUGGGGAGUCAAUGUGUUUUGUGCAACAUGUGUCCACUGGACUUUGGCUUACAUACGCUGCUGUUGAUGCCAAAUCUGCUCGACUGGGGCCUUUGAAGAGAAAAGCUAUUCUUCACAAAGAGGGCCACAUGGAUGAUGCACUCACAGUAGCCCGAUCUCAAACUGAGGAGUCACAAGCAGCUAGAAUGAUACACAGCACAACUGGACUCUUCAGCCAGUUCAUCAAAGGACUGGAUGCUCUUAGUGGAAAAAACAAAUCAUCCAAUCCACCGUCACUGCCAAUGGACAUGGUCGUGCUCUCACUGCAAGAUCUCAUCUUCUAUUUCCGACCGCCUGAAGAGGAGUUGGAGCAUGAGGAGAAGCAAUUUAAGCUUCGCUCCCUGAAAAACAGACAGAACCUCUUCCAAGAGGAAGGAAUGAUAACACUUGUUCUCGACUGUGUUGAUCGACUCAAUGUCUACAACACUGCGGCUCACUUCUCUGAGUAUGCUGGAGAAGAAGCGGCUGAAUCAUGGAAGGAAAUUGUUAAUUUGUUGUAUGAAUUAUUAGCCUCUCUCAUCAGAGGUAAUCGUGCCAAUUGUGCUCUCUUCUGUGAUAACCUGGACUGGCUGGUCAGUAAACUGGAUCGGCUUGAAGCGUCAUCAGGAAUCCUCGAAGUAUUAUACUGUGUCCUCAUUGAGAGUCCAGAGGUGCUGAAUAUCAUCCAAGAAAACCACAUAAAAUCCAUCAUCUCCCUUUUAGAUAAACAUGGACGCAAUCACAAGGUUUUAGAUGUGCUUUGUUCACUUUGUGUGUGCAAUGGUGUUGCUGUGAGAUCAAAUCAAAAUCUCAUCACAGAGAAUUUACUUCCUGGGCGUGACCUACUACUGCAAACCAACAUAAUCAAUUAUGUAACAAGUAUGAGACCCAACAUUUUCCUUGGGACGUGUGAAGGCUCGACUCAAUAUAAGAAGUGGUAUUUUGAAAUGAUGGUUGACCAUGUGGAGCCGUUCCUGACAGCUCAGCCCUAUCAUCUGCGCGUGGGCUGGGCUCUGACAGAGGGCUACAGUCCGUACCCGGGAGGAGGGGAGGGCUGGGGGGCCAAUGGGGUCGGAGAUGAUCUAUACUCUUAUUCCUUUGAUGGACUUCAUCUGUGGUCUGGCCGUGUAGCUCGUCAUGUGGCGACGCCCAAUCAGCAUGUUCUCACCGCGGAGGAUGUGGUCAGCUGUUGUCUGGACCUAAGUGUUCCCAGUAUCUCCUUCCGUAUCAAUGGAUAUCCAGUUCAGGGAAUGUUUGAAAACUUCAAUCUGGAUGGCCUGUUCUUCCCUGUCGUCAGUUUUUCUGCAGGAGUCAAGAUUCGAUUUCUCCUUGGAGGUCGCCAUGGAGAUUUCAAGUUCCUUCCUCCUCCGGGUUAUGCUCCGUGCUACGAGGCGGUGCUCCCAAGGGACCGGUUGCGGAUUGAGCCCAUUAAAGAAUAUAAACAUGAUUUUGAGGGUGUUCGCAACCUGCUGGGACCCACAGUCUCUCUGUCACACACAGCCUUUACUCCCUGCCCUGUGGACACCAUUCAGAUUGUACUUCCUCCACAUUUGGAACGUAUUCGAGAAAAACUAGCUGAAAAUAGUCAUGAACUAUGGGCCAUAACACGAAUUGAGCAAGGGUGGACCUUUGGAUCAUUCCGUGACGACAACAAGAAAAUUCACCCUUGCCUUGUGGAUUUCCAAAGCCUGCCUGAACCAGAGAAAAACUAUAAUUUGGCCAUGUCCGGGGAGACACUCAAGACCCUUCUGGCUCUGGGCUGUCAUGUUGGAAUGGGAGAUGAAAAAGCAGAAGAGAAUCUGAAAAAACUUAAGCUUCCAAAAACAUACACUCAAUGCAAUGGAUAUAAGCCCGCCCCACUCGACCUAAACCAUGUGAAGUUAACUCCUAACCAGAACACACUGGUGGAGAGACUGGCAGAAAACGGGCACAAUGUCUGGGCCAGAGACCGCGUCCGACAGGGCUGGACUUACAGUAUCGUGCAGGACAUUUUGAACAAGCGUAAUCCACGUUUGGUCCCUUACAAUUUGUUGGAUGAGAAAACAAAAAAGACAAAUCGUGAAACAGUUUGCGCAGCUGUCCGAACACUCAUCGGUUAUGGAUACAACAUCGAGCCCCCUGAUCAAGAGAGCAGUGGUGAUGGACCGGGAACAUCUCGUGGGGAUAAAAUUAGAGUUUUUAGAGCAGAAAAAUCCUAUGCUGUCACACAGGGAAAGUGGUACUUUGAGUUUGAAGCAGUAACUGUUGGGGAGAUGCGUGUUGGCUGGGCGAGACCUUGUGUCCGCGCAGACACAGAACUUGGUGCGGAUGACUUGGCAUAUGUCUUCAACGGAUUCAAGGCCCAGCGAUGGCAUGUGGGGAACGAGCCAUUUGGUCGACAGUGGCUAUCAGGUGAUGUAGUGGGCUGCAUGAUUGACCUCACGGAAAUGAAUAUCAUGUUUACUCUCAAUGGCGAAAUGCUGAUUAGUGAUUCAGGCUCAGAGAUGGCCUUCAAGGACAUAGAGAUAGGAGAAGGCUUUAUACCAGUGUGCAGUUUGGGAAUGUCCCAGGUUGGCAGAAUAAACCUGGGCCAGAAUGUCAGCAGUCUCAAAUACUUCACCAUCUGUGGCCUUCAGGAGGGAUUUGAACCUUUUGCCAUUAACAUGAAAAGAGACAUAACUAUGUGGUUUAGCAAGAGCCUUCCCCAGUUCAUCUCUGUACCAACUGACCACCCCCAUAUAGAGGUCUCUCGAGUGGAUGGGACCGUGGAAACUGCCCCUUGUCUCAAGGUGACGCACAAGACCUACGGAUCUCAAAAUGCCAAUACAGACCUGCUGUUCUUCAGACUGAGCAUGCCCAUUGAAUUUCACGAAACAUUCAAAGUCCCAGCUGGUACCACGCUCCUCACACGCACUUUAACAAUCCCAGAGGAUGAGGUGUUGGAGGUGGACCCAGAUUCAGAUUUCGAAAUCCUCAAGAAGUCAGCUUCACGUAAAGAGCAAGAGGAAGACAAAAAAGAGGCGUCUGUCCCAAAGGAGUCUCCCACUGCCAAAAAUGGGGAAAACGAAAAGGAUGCUUCCACAGAGAAAAGCAAGAAGAAAGGAUUUCUCUUCAAAGCAAAGAAAGCCGCACUGAUCAGUCCUCCACCUGUUGUUCCGACUAUGCCUCGACUCAUGGAGGACGUGGUGCCUGAUGACCGUGAUGACGUGGACAUCAUCCUCAACACUACCACAUAUUACUAUUCAGUUCGAGUGGUUGCGGGGCAGGAGCUCAAUGGCGUGUGGGUGGGCUGGAUCACGCCUGACUACCAUCAGUAUGACGCUCAUUUUGAUCUGAACAAAGUGAGAAAUGUGACCGUCACUGUAGGAGACGACAAAGGCAACAUACACGACAGCAUCAAACGCAGUAACUGCUACAUGGUGUGCGGAGGGGAGUUCAGCAGCUCCCAACAGACGCGAGUCAGUCAAGAGGACUUCAUCAUUGGAUGUCUGGUCGAUUUAGACACAGGGCUCAUGACGUUCACUGCCAAUGGAAAAGAGAUCAACACAUUUUAUCAGGUGGAGCCAAACACAAAACUAUUCCCUGCAUGCUUUGUCCUUCCUUCAAGUCAAAGCAUGAUUCAGUUUGAACUUGGAAAGCUCAAGAACAUCAUGCCUAUCUCAGCGGCCAUGUUUCGGAGCGAGCGUAAGAAUCCAGUUCCCCAGUGUCCGCCUCGGUUGGACAUCCAGAUGUUGACACCUGUCAUUUGGAGCCGCAUGCCCAACAACUUCCUGGCUCCAGAGACAAAGAGGGUCAGUGAGAGGUUGGGCUGGAUGGUGCAGUGUCAGGAGCCCCUCACAAUGAUGGCACUUCAUAUCCCAGAAGAAAACAGGUGCAUUGACAUCCUGGAGUUAUCUGAGCGUAUGGAUUUGCUGAAGUUUCAUUACCACACUCUGAAAUUGUAUGGCUCCGUUUGUGCUCUGGGGAACAACCGGGUGGCCCAUGCACUCUGCAGCCAUGUGGAUGAAUCACAGCUUUUCUAUGCCAUUGAGAAAACCUACCUCCCAGGACCAAUUAGAAGUGGCUUUUACGACCUGUUAAUCAGCAUGCACCUGGAGUCGGCAAAAAGAAACCGACUGGGAACUAACAAGGAGUUUAUAGUUCCCAUGACGGAUGAAACCCGCAGCAUCAUCCUGUACCUCGACAAGGCCAAUGCUCUCCCUGGAGUCGGGCUCACCACCUGUCUGCGUCCCAAACUGCAUUUUUCCUCCAUAGCUUUUGUGGGGACAAACCAGGAAAUAUACACAUUGAGCCCAGUAAUACCUCUCGAGCCGUUGAAAAAUAAGGCUUUGACCAUGCUGACUGAGGCUGUGCAAGACGGAGGUCAGGCCAUGAGGGAUCCUGUAGGGGGCAGCGUAGAGUUUCAUUUUGUGCCAAUCCUCAAGCUCAUCAGCACUCUCUUGAUUAUGGGCGUGUUCGACGAUGAGGAUGUCACACAUAUUUUGAAGAUGUUGGAACCUGUCGUAUUCAGUAUCCAGAAAGUAGAGGAGCCUGUGGAGGACAAGAUAAAAGAGGAGGAGGAACCUGCUUCAAAACCAGCAAAUGAGCUUACUGAAGAAGUGUAUGACGAAGAAGAGGAGGAGUAUGAAGAUGAUGGACUGGGGGAAGAGGAGGAGUAUGAGGAAGAGGAGGAGAUAGAGGAGGUUGUGCCUGCAGUGGUGGAGGAGACAGGACCUGUGAACGGGGAGAAGGGGGCAGAAGAAACAGAGAAAGAGCAAAAACCCGGAGAGACUGAAGCCAAACUAGAACACCUCGAGCAGGGGCUUUUCCAGAUGAAGCUUCCAGAGUCUGUCAAAUUACAGAUGUGUACCCUUCUGCAGUAUUUCUGCGACUGUGAGCUGCGUCACAGAGUGGAAGCCAUCAUUGCUUUCUCAGACCAGUUUGUGAAUCAGAUCCAGUCGAACCAGAGACAGCGCUACAAUGACCUCAUGCAGGCAUUUACAAUGAGUGCUGCGGAGACUGCUCGCAAGACCCGGGAAUUUCGCUCCCCACCACAAGAGCAGGUUAACAUGCUGAUGAAUUUCAAAAACUGUGCCGAAGACGAGGAGUGCCCUGUACCUGAUGAGGUCCGAGAGGCAAUGGGCCUUUUUCACCGCGCCGUCCUAUCUCACUGUGGUGUUCACAUUGAGGAGGAAGAAGAGGAGGAAGCAGUGGAUACUUCACUUCGAGGUCGGCUGUUUCGUUUGGUGGAAAAGGUGAAAAAACUUCGAGAAAAGAAAGUGGAGAAAGAACCUGAGCCGCAGGAGGAAAAAAAGCCAAGCACGCUGCAGGAGCUGAUCUCACACACUAUGAUCCAUUGGGCCCAGGAGUCGUUCAUCCAGAACCCAGAACUUGUGCGGAUGAUGUUCAGCCUCCUCCACAGACAGUACGACGGUCUGGGUGAACUCAUGCGAGCGCUGCCCAAGGCCUACACCAUAAAUGCAGUGUCGAUCCAGGACACGAUGGACCUCCUGGAGUGUUUGGGCCAGAUACGAUCACUGUUGAUCGUCCAGAUGGGUCCAGAGGAGGAGAGGCUAAUGAUUCAGAGCAUCGGGAACAUCAUGAGUAACAAAGUCUUCUAUCAACAUCCAAACCUGAUGCGAGCUUUAGGCAUGCAUGAAACCGUAAUGGAGGUCAUGGUGAAUGUGCUUGGAGGCGGGGACUCAAAGGAGAUCAGAUUUCCUCGAGUUGUGACAAACUGCUGUCGCUUUCUUUGUUAUUUUUGUCGCAUCAGUCGUCAGAACCAAAGAUCCAUGUUUGACCACCUCAGCUAUCUUUUACAAAACAGUGGUAUAGGUCUGGGAAUGCGAGGAUCCACCCCCUUGGAUGUUGCUGCUGCUUCCUGCAUUGACAAUAAUGAGCUAGCUUUGGCUCUGCAAGAACAAGAUUUAGAAAUGGUGGUAAAGUACUUAGCCGGAUGUGGACUUCAGAGCUGCCCAAUGCUACUGGCGAAAGGCUAUCCAGAUAUUGGCUGGAAUCCUUGUGGUGGAGAGAAGUACCUGGACUUCCUGCGAUUUGCUGUCUUUGUCAAUGGUGAAAGUGUGGAGGAAAAUGCAAAUGUUGUUGUGCGCCUACUAAUUCGAAGACCUGAAUGCUUUGGCCCUGCCCUGAGAGGCGAAGGUGGCAACGGUUUACUGGCUGCAAUUGAAGAAGCAAUAAAAAUAUCAGAGGAUCCUGCAAGAGACGGACCGUCUGUUAAAAAGGACAGACGUUUUCCUAUGUUUGGAGGAGAGGAGCAGCAUGAGGAAAACAGAGUACACCUUGGAAAUGCCAUCAUGUCUUUCUACUCUGCUCUCAUUGACCUGUUGGGGCGUUGUGCUCCUGAGAUGCACUUGAUUCAGGCUGGAAAAGGUGAGGCUCUCCGAAUCAGGGCCAUCCUCAGGUCUUUGGUGCCCAUCGAAGAUCUGGUUGGUGUCAUCAGCCUUCCUGUUCAGAUUCCUACUUUUGGAAAAGAUAACAGCAUCAUCGAGCCAAAGAUGUCAGCCAGUUUUGUCCCGGAUCACAAGGCUCCAAUGGUGCUCUUCCUGGACCGUGUGUAUGGCAUUGACAACCAAGAUUUCCUGCUUCAUGUUCUUGAAGUGGGUUUUCUGCCUGACAUGAGAGCUGCUGCUUCACUGGACACGAUUGCUUUUAGCACCACUGAGAUGGCCUUGGCAUUGAACCGAUACCUCUGUUCAGCCGUGUUGCCCCUCAUCACCAAAUGUGCCCCGCUCUUUGCCGGCAGUGACCACAGGGCCAUCAUGAUUGACUCCAUGUUACACACUAUCUACCGUCUGUCUCGGGGUCGAGCUUUCACAAAGGCUCAAAGAGACAUUAUUGAAGAGUGUCUUAUGGCACUGUGCAAGCAUCUACGUCCAUCAAUGCUUCAGCACCUGCUCAGACGACUUGUUUUUGAUGUUCCCAUUCUGAAUGAAUAUGCAAAAAUGCCACUUAAGCUUUUGACCAAUCACUAUGAGCGCUGUUGGAAAUACUACUGCCUCCCAAAUGGAUGGGCAAACUUCGGAUUGGCUUCAGAGGAGGAGCUUCAUUUAACACGCAAACUCUUUUGGGGCAUUUUUGAGUCCUUGGAGCAUAAGAAAUUUGAUGCUGAGAUUUUCAAGAUUUCCAUGCCCUGCAUCUGUGCCAUCGCUGGAGCCAUUCCUCCAGACUAUGUUGACGCGAGCUACUCUUCUAAAACAGAGAAAAAAGCCUCGGUGGACGCAGAGGGCAACUUUGAUCCAAAACCAGUAGAAACCACAAACACAAUUAUCCCUGAGCGUCUGGAUGGUUUUAUCAACAAGUAUGCAGAGUACACUCAUGACAAAUGGGCUUUUGAAAAGAUUCAGAAUAAUUGGUCAUAUGGAGAGGUUCUGGAUGAAAAUGCAAAGACUCACCCUAUGCUUAGACCAUAUAAAACAUUUUCAGAGAAGGACAAAGAGAUUUAUCGCUGGCCAAUAAAGGAAUCUGUAAAAGCCAUGAUUGCGUGGGAGUGGACCCUUGACAAAGCACGAGAAGAAGAGGAGUCAGAGAAAAAGAAGGUGGCGUCUCGAAAGAUCUCCCAAACUGCUCAGGCUACAUAUGACCCUAGCCACGGCUAUAGUCCCCAGCCGAUUGACAUCACACAUAUGGCCCUCUCAAGAGAUCUACAGUCUAUGGCAGAGCAGUUGGCCGAAAACUAUCAUAACACAUGGGGCCGGAAAAAGAAACUGGAACUACAGUCCAAAGGAGGAGGUACACAUCCUCUGCUUGUGCCUUAUGACACCUUGACUGCAAAGGAAAAAGCUCGAGACAGAGAAAAGGCCUAUGAGCUCCUGAAGUUUUUACAGCUCAAUGGAUAUUCCGUCACAAGGGGGUUGAAAGACAUGGAAUCUGAUAUUUCCUCUAUUGAGAAAAGAUUUGCUUAUGGUUUCUUGCAAAAGCUUUUAAAAUGGAUGGAAAUAGCCCAAGAAUUCAUUGCUCACCUCGAGGCUGUUGUGAGUAGCGGACGUGUAGAGAAGUCUCCUCAUGAACAAGAAAUUAAGUUUUUUGCCAAGAUCUUGAUGCCAUUGAUCAACCAAUAUUUCAAAAACCACUGUCUGUACUUCUUGUCUACACCGGCAAAGGUGCUCGGCAGUGGUGGACACUCAUCUAAUAAAGAAAAGGAAAUGAUUGCAAGUAUUUUCUGUAAAAUGGCUGCUCUUGUGAGACACAGAGUCUCUCUCUUUGGCACUGACGCCUCGGCUAUUGUCAACUGCCUUCACAUUCUGGCACGCUCACUUGAUGCAAGGACUGUUAUGAAAUCAGGGCCCGAGAUUGUGAAAGCAGGACUCCGAUCAUUCUUUGAGAGUGCAGCGGAUGACAUUGAGAAAAUGGUAGAGAAUUUAAAACUGGGAAAAGUAUCCAAAGGAAAUCAGCAAGUGAAAGGUGUGUCUCAAAACAUCAACUACACCACCAUCGCCCUCCUGCCAGUUCUGACAUCUUUGUUUGAUCACAUUGCUCAGCACGGAUUUGGGGAUGAUGUCAUGUUGGAUGAUCUGCAGAUGUCAUGUUACCGCAUUAUGUGCAGCAUUUACUCUUUGGGGACGGUGAAGAAUCCUCAUGUUGAAAGACAGCGGCCUGCUCUUGGGGAGUGCCUGGCUCAUCUUGCAGCUGCUAUGCCCGUCGCCUACUUAGAGCCACAUCUCAAUGAGUUCAAUGCAUUUUCAGUUUACACCACAAAAACUCCCAGGGAGAGAGCUAUUCUGGGAUUGCCAAAUGAAGUGCAAGAAUUGUGCCCAGACAUCCCUGAACUGGACAUCUUGUUGAAGGAGAUUGGAGACUUGGCAGAGUCAGGGGCGCGAUACACGGAGAUGCCUCACGUUAUUGAAAUCACUUUACCCAUGUUGUGUAACUACCUCCCACGCUGGUGGGAACGGGGCUCUGAAAGCCUCCCUGAGAUGGAAGGUCAAGUCUGCACUGACGUCACAUCCGAACACCUGAACCAACUGCUGGGAAGCAUCAUGAAAAUUGUUGUUAAUAAUUUGGGUAUUGAUGAAGCCUCGUGGAUGAAGAGAUUGGCGGUAUUUUCACAGCCAAUUGUGAGCAGAGCAAAGCCAGAAAUGCUUAAAUCCCACUUUAUUCCAACAAUGGAGAAACUUAAGAAACGCACCGCAAAAGUAGUGGCCGAGGAAGACCACCUGAGAAUGGAGGGAAAGUCGGAGGGAGACGAGGAAGAUGGAACCAUACGUGACGAGUUUGCCGUGCUCUGUAGAGAUCUGUAUGCGUUGUACCCUCUGCUGAUCCGAUACGUUGACAACAACAGAGCGCGGUGGCUGACCUGUCCAGACCCAGAUGCAGAGGAGCUUUUCCGAAUGGUCGGUGAGGUCUUCAUAUUUUGGUCUAAAUCUCAUAACUUCAAGAGAGAAGAACAGAACUUUGUGGUGAUGAAUGAGAUUAACAACAUGUCCUUUCUGACGGCUGACAGCAAGAGCAAAAUGAGCAAGGGCGGGGACUCAGAGGGUGGAGGUUCAGAUGCAGAAAGAACCAAGAAGAAAAAACGAGGCGAUCGCUACUCUGUACAGACUUCUCUCAUUGUGGCCGCUCUAAAAAAGAUGCUUCCCAUUGGACUCAACAUGUGCUCCCCGGCCGACCAGGAGCUCAUUAACCUGGCCAAGAUACGAUACUCACUGAGGGACACAGACGAGGAAGUGAGGGAGUUUCUGCAGAACAAUCUUCAUCUUCAGGGAAAGGUGGACAAUCCAUCCAUGCGCUGGCAGAUGGCUCUGUAUAAGGAGAUGGCAGGAAAAGCAGAGGAUGCAGAUGCCCCUAUUAAAGUCGUGAAAAGAGUUCAGGAGGUUUCGGCUGUUCUGUACCAUCUCGAAGUGACAGAGCACCCCUUUAAGUCCAAGAAAAUGGUUUGGCACAAGCUGCUGUCCAAGCAGAGGCGUCGGGCUGUAGUCGCUUGUUUUAGGAUGACACCGUUGUACAACAUCCCAAGACACAGAGCUUCAAACAUGUUCCUUGAAGGCUACAAACGCAAUUGGCUUUUCUGUGAAGGUUAUUCUUUUGAGGAUUGGAUGAUUGACGACUUGUCUAAAGCUUUGGAACAGGAAGAAGUAGAGGAAGAAGAGGAAAGGGAAACCAAGCCAGACCCUCUUCAUCAACUUAUAUUGCAUUUCAGCCGCACUGCGUUAACAGAAAAAAGCAAACUGGACACUGAUUACCUGUACAUGGCAUAUGCUGAUAUUAUGGCAAAGAGUUGUCAUAUUGAUGAAGAGGAAGAAGGGGGAGAUGAAUUGGUGGAAAGUACAGAGGAUGAGAUGCCCUUUGAGGUGCGACAGUCAGAACUGGAAAAAGAGAUGAUAAAACAGAGGCUGCUUUAUCAGCAGUCCAGACUCCAUAACCGUGGAGCUGCAGAGAUGGUCCUUCAAAUGAUCAGUGCCUGCAAAGGUGAAACCGGCCCAAUGGUCUCAACGACUCUUAAGUUAGGAAUCUCUAUUCUGAAUGGAGGAAACACCGAGGUGCAACGUAAAAUGUUGGAAUACUUGAGGGACAAGAAGGAUGUGGGCUUCUUUUUGAGCGUGCAGUCUCUGAUGCAAACUUGCUGUGUGUUGGAUCUGAAUGCCUUUGAAAGACAGAAUAAGGCUGAGGGGCUGGGCAUGGUUUCAGAGGAAGGCACAAACAUGAGCCUAGAUCGGGAUGAAAAAGUCAUGGCUGACGAUGAAUUCACUUGUGACCUCUUUCGGUUUUUGCAGUUGCUUUGUGAGGGUCAUAACAAUGAUUUUCAAAAUUACUUGCGUACGCAGACAGGCAGCACAACCACCAUCAACAUUAUCAUCUGCACUGUGGAUUACCUGCUUCGACUACAGGAGUCUAUUAGUGAUUUCUACUGGUAUUAUUCUGGAAAGGAUGUUAUUGAUGAACCAGGAAAAAAGAACUUCUCCAAAGCCAUGACAGUGGCAAAACAGAUUUUCAACAGUCUUACUGAAUACAUUCAGGGCCCAUGCACAGGGAACCAGCAGUCCCUCGCCCACAGCAGACUGUGGGAUGCAAUUGUUGGUUUCCUUCACGUAUUUGCUCACAUGAUGAUGAAACUUGCUCAGGAUUCAAGUCAGAUUGGUUUGCUUAAGGAACUCCUUGAUCUUCAAAAAGACAUGGUUGUCAUGUUGCUCUCUCUCUUAGAAGGAAAUGUGGUAAAUGGCACUAUUGCCCGUCAGAUGGUGGACAUGUUAGUAGAGUCAUCGAGCAACGUAGAGAUGAUCCUCAAGUUUUUCGACAUGUUCCUUAAACUCAAAGACAUAGUGGCUUCAGAUGCAUUCCGAGAUUAUGUGACUGACCCUCGGGGGCUUAUAUCCAAAAAGGAUUUCCAAAAGGCCAUGGACAGUCAGAAGCAGUACAACCCCUCUGAGAUCCAGUUCCUCCUCUCCUGCUCUGAGGCGGAUGAGAACGACAUGAUAAACUAUGAAGAAUUUGCCAGUCGCUUCCAGGAGCCCGCGAAAGACAUUGGCUUCAAUAUCGCAGUGCUGUUGACCAACCUGUCGGAGCACGUGCCUCACGAUACUAGGCUACAGAACUUCCUCGCACAAGCCGAAAGCGUGCUCAACUACUUCAGGCCAUUCUUGGGCCGUAUCGAGAUCAUGGGAGCGAGCAGAAAGAUCGAGCGCAUCUAUUUCGAGAUUAGCGAGAUGAACCGCAAACAGUGGGAGAUGCCGCAGGUGCGAGAGUCCAAGCGUCAGUUCAUCUUCGACGUAGUGAACGAGGGCGGCGAGUCGGAGAAGAUGGAGAUGUUUGUGAACUUCUGCGAGGACACCAUUUUUGAAAUGAACAUUGCGUCACAGAUCUCUGAGCAGGAGGAAGAGGAGAAGGGAGAGGAGGACGAUGAGAUAGAGGAAGUUGGAGGCGAGGCAGGACAAGCCGCGGUAGCUGGAGGAGGCGAGGAGGAGACCAACGGAGAAGAGCUGCCCCCAGAAUCUAGCUCCGCUUUUGCCGACUUCAUCAACAGCACUUUAAGCUUCCUGAGUAUUUUCACCUUCCGUAACCUUCGGCGUCAGUAUCGCAGGAUCCGAAAAAUGACCCUUAAGGAAAUCAUUGUCGCGCUUUCCGUGUUUUUCUGGACCAUCCUCAUGAGCAUACUUCACUUUAUCUACAGCGUGUGUAAAGGUAUCUUCAUGAUCAUUUGGCAAACUCUCUUCGGAGGUGGACUAGUGGAAGGAGCCAAGAAUAUUACAGUGACCGAAAUCCUCGCGAGUAUGCCGGACCCAACUCAAGACGACGUGCACAGCGAUGGUCCAGGCGAGCAGCGUACGGGAGAGGAGCAGGACACAGGUGGGGUCACAGACACUGGGGAGACGGGCAGUGGAGAGGAAGAGGAGGAGGAUACGCAGGAGAACGAAGGAGGAAGGGUGCCGGGUAUGGAUGCUCCUGGUGGGCUUGGAGACAUGGGCAUUGAAGCCACUGUAGAGCCCCCUACACCGGAGGGCACGCCCAUAACCAAGAGGAAAAUGCAACCAGAAGAGGCUGAUGGAGGCCAGAAACCUCCUGAGCCUGUUCUCAUUGAGGAGCCCCCUCCGGAGCCUGAGAAGGCAGAUGCUGAAAGUGGUGAAAAGACAGAAAAAGAGCCUCAGGCCAAAGAAGUAAAACAACCUGAAGAGCCAAAGAAAUGUGCAGCCAAAAAAGAGAAGAAAACUAAAAGAGGAGGUUUCCAGAUCUGGUCUGAGCUGGAAACUCAGAGGAACAAAUUCAUGAACUACCUGUCGAGGAAUUUCUACAAUCUACGGUUCUUGGCUCUCUUUAUCGCCUUUGCGUUGAACUUCAUCCUCCUCUUUUACAAGGUGUCUCCCCUUGAAGAAGAAGAGAUGGAGGGUUCUGGCUUCUCCGAGGGCAGUGGUCUUUUUGAAGGGUCCGGCUUGUUUGAAGGAUCUGGCGACUCGGAGGGAUCGGGGCUGGGUGAAGAUGAGGAAGAGGAGGAAGUUCCAGUUUUUUAUUAUAUAGAGGAGAGCACUGGAUACAUGCAGCCCACCCUGUCCUUCCUGUCUAUUUUACACACUGUCAUCUCAUUCAUCUGCAUUAUCGGAUACAACUGUCUCAAGAUUCCACUGGUGAUUUUUAAAAGAGAGAAAGAACUUGCCCGAAAGCUGGAGUUUGAUGGCCUUUACAUUACAGAGCAGCCAGAGGACGAUGACAUCAAGGGCCAGUGGGACAGACUGGUCCUAAACACACCCUCUUUCCCAAACAACUACUGGGACAAGUUUGUAAAACGAAAGGUCCUGGACAAAUACGGGGAUAUUUACGGCAGGGAGAGGAUUGCUGAGCUCCUGGGUGUGGAUCUUGCUUCGCUGGAUGUGAGCCAGCAACAUGGGAAAAAACAAGAAGAACCAGACAACUCAGUCUUUGCAUGGAUGACCGCAGUUGACCUCAAAUACCAGAUAUGGAAAUUUGGUGUAGUGUUCACAGACGGGACCUUUCUUUAUCUGUGUUGGUACACAAUCAUGUCUUUGCUUGGACAUUACAACAACUUCUUUUUUGCCUGUCACUUGUUGGAUAUUGCGAUGGGAGUCAAAACCUUGCGCACAAUUCUGUCAUCAGUCACACACAACGGCAAACAGCUCAUGAUGACCGUGGGCUUGUUGGCCGUCGUGGUCUACCUGUACACCGUUGUAGCUUUCAACUUCUUCAGAAAGUUUUACAACAAAAGUGAAGAUGAAGAUGAGCCCGAUAUGAAAUGUGACGACAUGAUGACUUGUUACCUGUUCCACAUGUAUGUGGGUGUGCGAGCUGGAGGCGGCAUUGGGGACGAGAUCGAAGAUCCUGCUGGAGACGAAUACGAGUUAUAUCGAGUGGUCUUUGAUAUCACCUUCUUCUUCUUUGUGAUUGUCAUUCUGUUGGCUAUUAUUCAAGGUUUGAUCAUUGACGCUUUUGGAGAGCUGAGAGACCAACAGGAGCAAGUCAAAGAGGAUAUGGAGACGAAAUGCUUCAUAUGUGGCAUUGGGAGCGACUACUUUGACACUACACCACAUGGGUUUGAAACCCACACUUUUGACGAACACAAUUUGGCAAAUUACAUGUUUUUCUUAAUGUACCUUAUCAACAAAGAUGAGACGGAGCACACAGGCCAGGAGUCUUGUCAUCAGGCACUGUCCCAUUUCUCCAUCACUGCCAACAUGAACGCCACAGGAAUACAUCAGGGGGCACUCCGAAUGUACGGUGGCUUUCUCUUCAAGCAGUGGAAGAAAAGGUUUCUGCUGCUGACCCCUGAUGGUGGCCUGCUGGUCUGCCCCAAUGCCACGUCUUCCCCUGAUCAGCUGCUGUCCCUACAGAGCGACUGUGAGGCCAUCGCUGAGGGCAAAGACAUUCUCGAUCUGCCCAAGUUACCUCCAGGCGGAAGCCGAAGCUGCUGCUUUGCUCUCAUACUUAACCAGAGCAAGUACCUGCUACUCCUGGCAGACACGGCUGCAGACUGCAGUCAGUGGCUGAAUAUUUUGAAAAAGGUGAAACAGAGUGUGUCAUCAACAGUUAGUUCUUGUAAGAGGCAUCAGGUGCCACCACACAUAACACUGAAGGAUGUAAUGCCGGAGCAGAUCCCAGAGAGAGAUCCACCGACGCAUCCUGUUGGUAACACAGAGGCCUCCUCCACAACAGCAGGCACCUGUGGGUCACCAAGAGAAGGAGGCAGGACGACCCUCCGCACUCAGCAGUCAAGAGGAGGGGCACAUUCAGGGGCAUGCCUGCGCCACGGCACUAUCAGCAAUGCACAGGCCAUGAAGGCUGUGUAUUUGCUUAUGGGAGGGGCUGCUGCCUCCUCAGCUUUAGGUUACCUUGGCACAUGUUCCCCCGCUAAUAUGGAAGCUAAAGCUCCUGAUUUACCACCUAACUCAGAUUUCUCUGGCAUUGGCCCUACUGGGACAUGCCACACCAGCAGCCCCGGGCUGGACUCUCCUCACUAUAACACCUUUGACUUUGAGAUGGCAGACUCAGAUUUUGAUUCCUUUGAUUGUGGAGGGUUUACUUUCUGA